GAACUCCAGUUGGUCACAAAACAAGAAAAACGAGGUGUUGGCGGAAGUGACGUGGCAUGAGCCCUACUCCUGGCGGAAGGGCCCGGUGUUAGGCGGAAGUACCGAGUGCUCUUGUCGUUCCUGAGGAUGGAAGAAGAGAGUCUGGAAGCCAGGAUCAACCGGGCGACAAACCCACUAAACAAAGAACAGGACUGGGAAGAUGUUCAAGCCUUUUGUGAUCAGCUUAAUCGAGACCUGGAAGGGCCUCAGCUUGCAACACGACUUUUAGCGCACAAAAUACAGUCUCCUCAAGAAUGGGAAGCAAUGCAAGCCCUGACGGUACUAGAAGCAUGUAUGAAGAACUGUGGCAAAAGAUUCCACAGUGAAGUUGGAAAGUUCCGAUUCCUUAAUGAGCUGAUAAAAGUUGUGUCUCCAAAGUACCUAGGGGCCCGCUCUCCAGAGAAAGUGAAGUUAAAAGUUCUAGAGCUUUUGUACAGCUGGACUGUUGGCCUUCCCGGUGAAGUGAAAAUCGGAGAGGCCUACCAGAUGUUGAAGAAACAAGGAAUUAUAAAGGAAGACCCAAAACUGCCAGCAGAAGCCAUGAUGCCCCUUCCUCCACCUCGACCGAAAAAUGCUAUAUUUGAUGAUGAUGAGAAAUCUAAGAUGUUAGCCCGUCUGCUGAAGAGCACACAUCCGGAAGACUUACGGGCUGCAAAUAAACUUAUUAAAGAAAUGGUCCAGGAGGACCAAAAGCGCAUGGAGAAAAUUUCCAAACGAGUAAAUGCUAUAGAAGAGGUGAAUAACAAUGUGAAACUCCUAAAUGAAAUGUUGAGUGCAUUUAGAACGGGGCAAUCUUCUGAAGGCAGUGAGGACUUAAUGAAGGAGUUGUAUCAGCGCUGUGAGAAGAUGAGGCCUACACUUUUCCGCUUGGCCAGUGAUACAGAAGACAAUGAUGAGGCUUUAGCUGAAAUUCUGCAGGCCAAUGAUAGUUUAACGCAAGUCAUCAACACAUACCGACAGCUGGUGAAAGGAGAAGAAGUUAAUGGAGACUCUGCCUCUAGUAGCAUGCCAACUAGCAGUUCUGCUUUGCUGGAUCUUUCAGGAUUAGACAUGACUCCGUCAUAUCCUGCUGUUCCUUCUCAGCCCUGUAAUUUAACCCAGUUGUCCUCAUCUACAUCUCUUCUUGAUGAUGAGCUCAUGUCCUUAGGAUUAAAUGACCCCGUCCCCCCUGCACAGACUCUGGAAUCAUCUUCGUGGAAUAGCUUUCAGUCUUCAGAAACAGAAACUGAAGCUCCCACUUCUGAGAAGGUGUCAUUACCUGUGCAUCAUACACAGUCUACACCACAGUCUAACAAAGCUUUAGAGGACCUAGACCUACUUGGAAAGACACUGCUGCAGCAGUCCCUGCCACCCAGUGCAGUGCAGAUGCGAUGGGAAAAAACCCAGCUUAAACCUACUUUACGAGAUCUGCAGAGUAAAGCUCCUCCAUCUGCACCUCUGCUUCCGCAGCCACCUGUAGUAGGAGAGCUGCCAUUUAUUACUCCAGGGCAAUCUUCCCCUGCGAAAACAGAGAUUUCCCUUACUGCUGUCACUGUGCCUCUGGAGUCAAUCAAACCAAGUAACAUCCUCCCCGUCACUGUGUAUGACCAGCGCAGUUUCCGUGUUCUCUUCCAUUUUGCUCAGGACACUCCUGCAGGGAGACCAGACAUAUUGGUGGUUGUGAUCUCCAUGCUAAGUACAGCUCCACUCCCUGUCACUGGAAUUAGUUUUCAGGCUGCUGUUCCUAAGACCAUGAGGGUAAAGUUGCAGCCAGCAUCUGGCACUGAACUUCCGGCAUUCAACCCAAUUCUGCCUCCAUCUGCUGUCACUCAGGUGCUGCUGCUGGCCAAUCCCACACAGGAAAAAGUUCGCUUACGAUACAAACUAACCUACACCCAAGGAGAGGAGUCCUUUGAUGAAAUGGGAGAUGUGGAUGAUUUUCCUCCUGUGGAGAAGUGGGGGAAUCUGUAGGUAAACUCUGGAAGGAUAUGAAGGAGAAAAAUGUUGUGCUGGCACUUGAUGGUGGCUGGAGACCCAACAUGAACUGCACUACCCAUCAAUCUUCAUGACUAGUUUGGCUGCUCCUUAGUGUCCCCUUCCUGCUGUUACAGACCCCUGGGACAUUGUAAGAUCUCUUUCUUUACCCCUUCUUUCUUUUUCUUUAUCCCACUAUCUGUGCAGGAAUGGUCCUUCUGGCCUUUUUGUUAUGGGGUAAGUCUCAGCUGUUCCCCCUGUGUAUAGUAAAUGAGCUCAGCUGUCACCAGGUUCUCACCCUUCCUCUAUAUGUUAUAUUGUCUUCAUCGAAUAUACUUUGAUUUCUAUGAUUUUGUGGAAUCAUCAGAUGAUCUUGUUGAAUAUCCGUCUCCUUGGUUUAUUCUUCAAAGUGCUGGCGCCAUCGUUGGCGUUGUGGCGUUGCCUCUUACAGGGUUCAUGUAAUAUUUUAUUCCUGUGUAGCUAAAUAAGCCUUGAGAUAAACCUACUGUGUGACUUGAAAAGCUGUCACUACCUGUCCCUAAAGUCCCUGCCUUUCAGGGAACUUUCUCUGCCAUCCUUUAAUUUGUUGCAUCUAUUACAAAUUUUUAGUAUAAUUUUAGCUUUUGCUUCUUAUAAUUCUUCACCAACAUGACAGAUAUUUUCUGUGCUGAGCUAUGUGUAUCCCAGGACAAUGACAGUAUCUGAAGCCUGGAAAGAUAAAAAGAACUACAGCAAGAAGACAUUGGGCAAUGGGUUUCAGAUAGGAAAUCCUACUAACCCUAAGCUCAUGAUCACUUACAUACUGAAUCUUUUCCAAAUGAUUUGCUGCUAUCUGACGUUAGUGUUGGCUGCACAAGUGGCCAUGGAUGUAUGAGCUUUAAUUGGCCAUAACAACAAGGGUCACCUAUUUUUAUUAAAGGCAAAUUAAGUUUUUCUUUCAUGUCGAUUUCAUCUACACAUUUCUUAAGCGUUGUAACUACAGCAUCCUGUGCACAGGUUCCUACUCAGCCGGCUGCUCGAUGUGGUCUUAUGAAAUGACUCUUGCGGCUUCUGGGUGCUGCUGCAUCGUGCUGACCACUUCCCCUCUUUUACUGAGUCAGUCUGUUCAGUUCCCUUCUAUGAGUUAAAGCCACUUGCACAUGAAUGAAGAUUGAUGUGGCAGACUUCAUCCUCCCUCUAUAUUUACUGCUGCCAGGCCUCUUGAUGCUGUGUAGUAUAUGUUAUGUCUGUACUCGCAGUCCUGCAGUAUUCUGUAUCCCAACCAGGGCAAUCCUUACCCCCAGCAAACAAUCCAAGUGACAUCUCUGUCAGGCCUGCAGAUGCUGUGUAGUAAGUGUUGCAGGAUUGGGUUCUGUAUGAGCAAUAUCUGUGCUCUCUGUCCCCACCUAACCUAGUGUAUUUGUAACCACAAUUGCCCUAGCUAUAUAAAGGCAGGUACCUCUACUUUUACUGUACAAAACUAGACAAAUGUCCAGUAUAGCGUACUAUAACUGACAAGCGGGCCAGGCCUCACUGCUGCAUGAACAUGCUUUAUAGAGGUAAACACAGUUUCACUGUCUAGUCUAAGCACAUGAUGAAGACACACUAAGUUUCUCUCUAUCAUCCAGGGGGCGGUAUCUGUAGAAUAGGGAAGUUAUCAGGAACACAUGCUGCAGCUCAGUUAUCUUAUGUGUUUUAAGAUCCUUAACAAUAAACAUUAUUAUCACUUGUUUCUGAAAGCAGAAGUUUCCCAAACAACCAAUGCAGUGGCUUAUGUUACAGCAUAUUUAGGCUGUGCUUCUGAAUAAUCCUUCCACCGUGUCCUUUAUUCCACACUAAAUCCUGGAAGGUUUGAUACAUUCAUUUAAAGCAGCCUGUGUACUAGUUAUACAGAUGGAGUUCAUGUGUUUGCGUCGUAGAGGAUAACAUGGCAGCGAGCUCUUCUCUACAUCUGAAGUCUAAGAUCUGGCACAAUGUCUUCAUAACUGAAUGUAAUAAAGGAAACCAUUCCAUUGUGGGUCUGCUGUGAAGUGUUAACUGUUUGCUGAUUAGAUCUGUUCACACAAAUUUAUAUUAAAAACAUGGGCAACCCAGUCUGAUGCUUUCAUCUGCCAUGGUCAACAUCUUCCAUUCAAUGUCCUGUGUAAUAGGCCCAGCGAUCAGCUGACUAAUGAACAAAUGCUUGUUCUUUAGUUGAUGCCAUAGUUUUGGCCGGUUUAAAAAUCCUUGCGCGAUGCCUGCUCAUUUCCCCGUAUAAUAGGGCAUGUGCAGAAGACGAAUGAUAGAAGUAAAGGACCGCACAAAUCCAGUCAUGAUUUAUGCAGCCAAACCUGGCUCAGACUGUGUAAAGGCUUUUUUAACUAGCAUGGUUCAAGAAGAUUGGAGCUUGCUAUUGUCCUGCAGCUAGCCCAUCUAAAAAGGGCCUUUAUGUGGCAGAAAAAUAAUUCUCUAGACUAACAGGUAAUAGAAUUGUAGGUAAAAAUAAAAAUCCAUUUUACUGGGAAGAUG